CCAAUGAAGUGGAUGGACAAGCAGCAUUUCCAACGCUUCCACACUUCCAUUCCUGGGUGCUUUCGCAUGUGAAUGCUAGCUUGAUAUGGCAACUGUUUGCAAAAACACUUACGGCAUUAAGGACUUCCAGUGCAUUUGAUGGCAUUAUCAGCACGGUACAGCUGUAUUGCCAGCACACAUUCCGGCCCGGUAGUGUUUGAGAAUGUUUUAAAACAGUCGAGUGGUUUCUUAAAAUCCAUCCAGCUAAACGAAAACAAUGUUACACUGCUGUUGCGUCAACGUCAACUUAUGCAGCAACAACGGGUCACACAACGUUUUGUUUGGCAGGAUGCAGCCGGUUUUGUGAAAUAGGUCGCUUUCAAUGUUUUUUGAAGCAAUCUGUAUCGAUCGAGCAUGGAUAAAGCGAACGGAAAACAUGUUCAUUGGAUGGAUUUUCAUUGGUUAGCAGUGAAGAAACGUACACGGGUUUGUUUUGUGACGCAUUCCCUAUUAUAAGGUCGCAAAUUUCGUGGAACAUGUUACCAGCAUUUCUAUCGGACUGAAAAUAGACUUACAGAUCAUGUUAAAGGUUACUGACAGGGACUGAUGUUGAUGUAAUUGCAUGGAGUUUCCAAAAUCUGGGGAGUGACGGAUGUCAAUAAACAGAAGGAUUUGUUUCAUGUGUGCAGCAAAUCGAUUAAUGCUUUCAGAUGGCUGCACGUCGAAUAAACAUUCGUUGAAUAUAAUGGUCGAUAUCUCUCUCUCCUUUAUUGGCUUAAUGAUUUAACUUUGGUCAUGCCGGCCAUUUCAGGAUUACUAAUCUUAUUUUUAAGGAUAGUCAGUCCGGAGGCGGUCAAACAUAAUCAAAUUUACAAUAAAUCCAACCGGAGCACGCAACACUGCUUCAUUGUAUCACAAGCAGCAAUAAAGCUCACUAUUCGCUAUCAUCGAAAAAUUAACUUAGCAGCUUGCGCAAUUACAAAGUAAAUCAUCGAUCAAUCGUGCUCGAAAUUAAUCCUCUCCUACCUAUCAGAAAGUAGUGUUCGGUCGAUCAAACUCAGCAUGCCAACAAAUUUCACAGCAUUCGAGUCGGAGCAUUUGAGGUGAAUGGAAAUUGGCAGGGUGUUGAAAAAAAGCGAAACUCCAGCUGUGUCAUUUUCGGCACAAGAAAUUAACGCCUUCCACUCUAAUUAAACCAUUGCAGGCAAACCUCCGUGCAGAGAGCGAGAUACAUAUAUGCAUAGAGAGAGAAAGUUUGUGUGUGUGUGAGAGAGCGGGGGUUGGAGGUUUCGGUAGUCACAUUUGAUUAAAAUGUCCUGUUUUCCAUCGUCCGUGCGCCUUUCAACGCGUUUCCCUAAUUGACGCCCUUUGCAGAGGGUGACCCACCCGGUGCCAUAGUGCAUUGAAGUCGAUGCCUUUUCGAGGUGAACGCUGUUAUAAUUUGAUGCAGUUGCAGUGAUUUGCUCUGGGAAAUGGUGAAGGAAACGGAUGGAUUGUUGGUCAUAAUACCCCACAAGCCACAGCUGCUACCAGCGGGAGAAAUGCAUCCAAGGGUUGCAAUUCGUCAAUGUGAGUUUUUUGUAUUGUAUUUAAACUCGCACCCACAAACUCACACACGCACCGUCACAGGCCGAACAAGCGCACAUAAAGGGAGGUCAUGCUUGGGUUUAGUUGGAAAAAAGGGAAAGCAACUGGCCCGUUGGUGGUACCCGGCAGGAGGCACACUUUUAAUUACGAAUGCAUUCAUAAAAUCACUCUAAUUUCGAAUUGCUGCCGUGCGUUUGGCCGAUGGGAUCCAAACGUUCUGUGUGCCGGAGCCCUUCAUGUAGUGGAAAACAAUAUUUGCAAUAAUUCCCUUCCGGCCGGCGUAGCUGGGAAACGGAAAGCAACCACUGCAGGGCCCGGUGCGGUACGGUGAUGGGAAAAUAAAUUAUCAGAUUAUCAAACUGACUGGUGUGCGGAUGAUUGAUUUCGAUAUCAGAAACUAAAGCGGGAUACUUUGAAUGUAUAAUUUCCAUAAGGUCCCGCAGGGCACCAAUACGUUGUAGUGCACUUGUAGCACAAAGAUUGAAUUAUUUUAAUUCAUAUCGACUGCAGACGACUGGAACGCUAUUGAAUGGAAUGGAAGCGAUGAAGAAAUGCGACCGUGUUCUACAUGCAAUUGCAAUUUGGGGUAUUUAUUUGUCGCUUGCAACAUUUGCUACAUUUGAGCAUUUAUUGAACUGGUCGGUGUAGUGCUUGAUAAAUGUAAUAAUGUUGCAAUAUUUGUGCAUAAUGAAAUAUUAUUCAUUUAAAAAUAUAAUUUUCAAUUAUGCUACAUAAAAGCAUAAUGUUGUGUCACACACUAAUUAGUCACAAUUACAAACAACUUAAGAGCAAUGCUAAAUGCUCAGAAAUAAUUAAAGAGCAUUAAUGUUAUUUAAGUGAAUUAUUUUCUAUUUGCAAUGUAGAUUAUACGAUAAUGCACUUUCACUGCAUAUUUAUUAUAUUUAUUCACCGCUCCACUUUGUAGGCGUCUAAAUUUUCAUUUGAUCUCGCAGUUCGCACUCUCAUGAUCGUGUUAAAGAGAUGAUGAUGUGCUUAACCCCUCGUGGAAGUUGUAUUUUAUAAUAUCUUUAACAUCAUAACCAUCUUCGGGUUAACGGCAAAAGGCAAAAGGCUUUCUUAAAGCUCUCUAACUCAGCUUCAAACAACCACUGACCUCGAUUGUUGUCUUUUCCCUUUCCGCUCCAUUCGGUCCUUUAUCGGUGCUCUAAAGCAUGAAUAAUUUAUUGUGAUAAUUGUAGCGCUUACCACCACGGUGCAAUCGUAACCUUCGUGUUCAAAUAAUAUUGAUGCUCCAGCCAUAAAUCCGCACCAAUAGACCUCCGGCGAAUGUCUGUCAUUCAAUGAGUCUGGCGCGUCGUCACAAACGGUACCGGGACGGUGAUGAUGUAACAUCGUAACACACAGUGUACGCAAUGCUACAAAGCAUCAAAGCGCACAGCAGUCAGCACUGGCAAGCGCGCUGAGAAAGUUCAUCUGCGCGAUGCGCUUUGGCUGGUCAUCGACUGUAGAAGAAGGGUAAAUUGUUUUGGGGGUGUGGAUGAUGAAACGUGCGCAAUAUGCCGUAUGAUUUGAAGCAGUGUGUGCGAGAUGCAAAUGUUAGCCACACGUCUCCGGAGCAUAAUGUUGCCAUCUGUCUCCCUCCAUCGGGUGUGUGUGUGGGAUAGUGGAGAGAUAUGCUUCCGACGUUGAAGAUGACCUGGGACGCAUAGAGACGUAAUGGAGCUGUUUGUCUGUAUCCGGUCGUACCAAGACGCUUGGCAGAGGUUAUAAAAGUAUCCAAACGGAAGAUGCACGUUGUCAGUGGUGUAUGAUCGGUUCCGGUGGCUAGACGUCCGCGGUGGGUGAAACAAGCCCUUUUGAAAGUUCGAACAUGGAAAUCUGUUCAUCACUUUUAGUCGAAACGCUCACAAUAAUGGGCUUUGGAGGAACUUCUCAACGAAGGCGGAGAUUUGGACGAGACACACUGUUAGGACAUUGCUGUUUGUUGAUGCUGUUGAUAUACUGCUGGCAGCAGUCACCUGUACAUGGAGCGUCCUGGAGAAGUAAGGCGAAAUUGUACAAGUCCGAUGAUGAUUAUUACGAAUCGAGUGAAGGUUACGAUACGGACGAAGAUGACAAACACCACGAAACAGGUGAGAUAAAUUUCGGCUCCUCGAACCUGCAUGACGAUAACGAAUCCGUGGAAAUUGAAUAUGAAGAGCACGAUCACCAUCAUCAUAAUCUUCCCAAUGGAGUGUUCGAGUCUAACGAAUCGACCGAAGAUCAACCCGAUUCCUUCAACAACUCCGAGCUGUUGGCGCAGCUAGGUCUCCAACACAAAACAGCACGGGGAAAGAAAAAGAGCAGAAAGUAUGCAGCGCCACCAGUCACAAUCGCUGUUCCGUAUCCUGUACACGUGGAGCGCAAGGUUCCCGUGUUCAUCGAGAAAAAGGUUCCGGUGAUCGUGGAGAAGAAGGUGGAGGUACCGAUAGAUCGGCCCUACGAAGUGCCUGUUCCGGUGAAAGUGCCCGUACACGAAAAGGAAGUGAUACACGUGCCCAAACCGAUCGUCUUUAACGUCGAUCGGCCUUACCCGGUGUUUGUGCAACGGACUGUAUUCGUGGAGAAGUACCGACCGUUCAAGGUGUUGAUCAAAUCGAGAACACGCUACUAAACGCACAGAGCUGCUGUGACAGAUUCACGUGUGACAGUGUCCAAAUGCACCUCCGUCGUCCACUAGACGAAGUGAAAUGGGAGGUCGAUGAAAGUGGCCAAUGCGUUGGCAGCGCGAUCGCAAUGUACAAGAAACCAUCGGGAAAAACAAACGUCAAUGAACUGUGGGCAUUUAAAGACGGAGAGUUUUGUGUGGGCCGUUUGGUCACUGCGUCUAAUCCGUUCGCCAAUUUUUCGGGGAAAUCAACCUUAGGUAACGGUCCAUGGGUAUAUCCGCACCACUUUCUUAGGGUUGGUGGGAGACGAAUAAAUCAGUGAAACGCACUAACUACCCCAAAACACUCCGUAUGCUGCACCGCUCUGUCUUCUUCGCGUGGCUCUUCACGUAACCUCAAAGAAGUGGAGAAGAAAAAAAGCAACACGAGCCUUUUGUCCGUUUGGGGUUUACCGCAGCGAUUGCCAAUGCUUCUACUGCGCCUAUUAUGCUUAUACACGCUCGUUUCGUUUCGUGUUCGGUACGGUUGACGGAUCGGUGUGUAAGUGAUGUUGGUGAUUUUUUGUGCCCCUUUGCUUUCAUUCGUUUGUAGCUACAAAUUUGGAACUGUUGCCACGGAUUCCAACAUCCAACAAUAAUCCAUGCAAAUUAAUCGCCCACUUGUAAAAAGGUGGUACUUAUUAGUCAUCAGUGUUAGCUUCGAUGAGUUGUUAUCUCAUCGUGGCACGCGAAACUGCCCUCUCUUUCGUUGUUUCUCUGGCUCGCUAGCUGCUAUUAUCACGGAAGUUUGUUUAGAAAAUUAAGCGAAGAAGCUGACGAGUGUGAAUGAUUAUAAUAAACAAGUAUGUAAAGGUGCGAUAAAACGUGAUGAAACGCAUGAUUGACCGUUUGGAAAGUGUCAAUGCCUCAUAAGGGUUGGACAGUGUAUGAAACAAAUUACAUAACUUUACAAAGCUUAAGCGUACCAUACGAGUUGUCUAUUACAGUAAGAACGAUAAACUGUUGCGUAUAAACUAGGCCAAAACCUUCUAGAAACAUAAACAAAUUCGAAUAAGAAUCAUACUUUAGUUAUAAAACCAAUCAAUAAAUUACAUCGUGGCAGGCACAUUUACUAAUUUAAACAACGCAUUUCAACAAUCAUUUUUCUAAUUGCUUGAACUGUAUAAUAAAUUAAAGUAAUAAAAUAAUUAAAACAAUUAGACAUUGCUACAUACAAUACCCUCAUAGUAAUAUAGAAUCAGGAAACGUCAAUUUAUCUUAGUAGAGUAGAAAAUCCCUCAGCUUAUGAAAUCACGAUGCAUUAAGUUCUUCAAUGAUUGAUAGAGAAAAAUCUCUUAAGAAAAAGUAAAUUUUGUAAUGAAUUUUUCUGAUAUCCCAUGAAUAACUCUUAAGCUAUAUAUAAGGGGUUGGCCUUGGCUAUCCAUUUAUAUUGUCAAUGCAAGAUAUUGUCACAAUUUUGGGAUAAGCAAUACUAUUUCUGAGGCGCUACCAAUUUUAAACGUCAUUAACUUGUUAUCCUCAUUCACUUCUAAAAACGCUCUUGAAUUAUUUGUCACAAAAAAAGCAUUUUCCUACUAGCUGCUAGUGUAAUAUUAGCUCCUUUCCCACAUUCUAAACUGUUGUCAAAUGCGUUUGAUUGACAAUCAAACAUGUGGUCCAGAAUUCCGAAAAGCUCUUAGGCAUGGACAUACUUUAAGAUAAUUGUAACAUCGAUUACUUUUCACAAGUUGUGUCACACACUUACAACGCUUCCCUACAAACCUCGCCUCUAAUUCGGCAUGAAAUUUAAAUUUCUCUAAUGCCCUUGCGUUGCAUCGCUUGUAACUCACAAACGCCAUUAAAAGAACAAGGCUACCGACCCCGAACGAAAUCCAAAUAAAUUGACUACAUCGAUGCACACCAUGUACGUUUUUUAGGUACGUCGAUUGUGGUUCAUAUUUCUUCUUCCGGUUAGCCUACGGUCCAGAACCUUGGUCGACCAUUGUUCCAUUUUGGUUGGCAUCCUUUUGUGCGGUUAGCCUGCCUGGCAAAGUGAUCGGGCUGGGGGUUUUUUUUGUGUGGAAUGGGGACGGAAAACCAGAAGCAUAAGCCCCCACUCCACGUGAAUCGGUCCAGUCCAUCGGUACACAAUGGACUCAAUCCUGCCGAUGGCCUGUCUAAACUGUUAUGAUUUGCAGCAGAAGCACCAGUAACUGCCCUCUGCUGCACGUGCAGCACGCAGUCCGUACCUUCAUUUCAUACAUUAGAUAAAGUGCAUCUAAUGGGUGAGGUAACGGACACAUAGGGACAGUGGCGCACAUACAGGGGAACACCGUAACGAACAUGCAAUUUGAAGAUGAAACCAUAACCUGAAACGGCCAAGUGGUAAGAAGAGAAAAAAGAACGACCGGACCAUAGCAUCGCCAGCGCAAAGAUAGUGCAACCCGGCGGGCAUCGAGAUGGCCAAUGUGCAGCGCGGCAGGAAUAAAGUGGAUGGCUAGAAACAAAACUAUGAAGGAAAGAAAAGUAUACCAACAAAAAAUGGACCAAACUUCUUCCGACCCCAAUGGAACACACAAAUCUCGUAACCGUUUGUUGACGAUAUUAUCGCUUAGUGAGGGCGCGCAUGAUGCUGAGAUGUCGGACAUAUCGGGAUCGUUUUAUGGGGAUCGAAGGACGCCUCUACGUCGCUCACCCGUUAUGCCCGGAAGGUUCGUGCGCGCUGGUAAAUGCUAAAGCCCUCCUUCAGUGCAUACGAAUAAAGGGAAAGAUGUAAUGGAGACCGUUUGAGCGCUUUUCGCAACGUGUUUCCUUCCUUCUCACCACGGCCAAUGGGGAUCAUGCAAUCUACACAUGGUAUCUAUAAACAUGGAACUAUGAUGAGUUUAUGAUUCGCUCCGGGGUGAUGGUGAUGCUUUCGUGAAGCGUUACAAAAAAUUGCUGUCGUUUGCAGCAGGACGACGAUGCGCUGGUUGUUUUGUACGCUGAUGGGGAUAUCUCGCUGUAUCUGGUUACGGUAUCCGAUGACGGUCGAAGGAUAUGCUAGUGUCGUAGCAAACGUAAAUGCAACAAGAACGCAAAUCGAAGGAAACAGAUUCAAUUUGUUGUGAUUCCGUUGUGGAGUGUGCGGUUCACAUCUAGCUUUUUGUUGUUAUUCAGCUAAAGGUAGGGUAUUUCUGGGGAAAUUAUAAAUGGAACCAUUAGAACGAAUGAAAUUAAAUUAAGUAAUUUAAUAUGGCAAUCAUUAUAUUUUCCGUUUGCGCAAAGGUUUUCUUCAGUUUGAUCUCAUUACCAGGUUUAUUGGAUUAUUGUGCGCUAUAAUGUUCUCUGGUUUAUCACAUGAUAGAAGGUUAGUAUUGUAAUGAUUUAACAAAUUCAUAUCACAAAUAAUAGCAUCUAAAAACGUUUAAUAAAUCAAUAUUUUACAACCGUCUCUUUACACAACCCUGUAAUUUUAAGCUGUGUGCACGUUAAAAUAGAAUGCAUCAGGACGAUUGGUUCUUUCCGAGAAUAACGCAGCACCAUGUAGGGUAAAACGAGCGCGUACCAAGCAAUCACUGCAUCGAUGCACUCUUGAAUGCUGUCGUGCUGUCGGUGGGCCAACUUGUAACGAAGAUAAAAAAGGAUUUCUAAAAACUUCUAUCCUUCUGCGGGUGUGGUGUAAAGUUUCCUAACGCAACAAACACACGAUCGAAUCGAAGGAUGGAUGCUUCACGGCCGCCUGGGUUGGUUUUUUCGGGUAAGGUGUCAAAAUUCAAUUUAAAACAACAGCCUCCAGCGUUCAGAACUGACGACGGCCACCUAGAGUGAGUAUCGCGCUUAUGAAUGUUGACGUCGUUUUUUGGGGGAGGUGUAUCGAUGAAGGAACUGUAUGGGAACGUUACUAGUAAGCCAAUGUUGUUUCACUAUGUCGUUAAACUUUUUAAACGAAAGUAGUGCUUCUACGAACUGACAGUUCGUGGUCCGGAGCAGCACAUUUCAUGCGUAACGCUA